CAUCAUCAUGUCUCCAUGGCAAGUCUUCGACCUUGUUUCUCACCAUCUCGACCCCAAAACCCUAGCCAUAGCCUCUUGCGUCUGCAAGUCAUGGUUCUGUUGCAUUUCCUCCGACCACAUUUGGCAGCCCAUUUGCACCACCCAUUACCCUUCUCUCUCUAACCUUAAGCUCACAAACCCCGCCCUUCCCUACUACCGCCUCUACGCCAUGGCCUCCGCCGCCGCCAAACGCCGUUUCGAGAGCCCAUCCAAACCCUCCCUUGCCCUCCACGAGCUCAUCUUCACAGUCAACAUCAUCAACGGCAACAACGUUGUUCUGUGUCUUCAGAAACCCGGGAACGAGCUAGUCGUGGAUUGCAAUGGGGUGUUCAAGUUCGAUAUUGACGUCCCCGACUACGAGUUUGAAGAUGCGGCGUUUGAGUCGGUGAGAGUUACGUGGAGUGUGGUGUUGAAAGGGUGGAAAGGGGUGUUUAAUAUGUUGGAAUGUCAAGGGAAGAGAGGAAUAGUCGACUGGUGGUUCUGGGCGGAGCUGCCUUUGCCGGGGUGUUGCUCGAGCCUCGUCGAUAGUGGUGUGGUGGCGGAUAUGAGGUUGGAGUUUACUGAUUCAAAAAGGGGUCGAAACAAUUUUGAUGUUGGGCGGAUCAACAAGGUGACCGUGGGCAUGUUGAGUUCAGCAAAGUUGAGAUAUGUCGGUGUGGAUGAUGGUCUAAGAUACUUGCAACAUUUUCUUUGAUAUUAAGACAACAGCUCUCGAUCAAUCUUUU